CACAAAGUAGAAAAAUAGGGUAAAAGUAAUAUUAUAAUAUUAUUUGUAUUAAAUAAACAUCAAUAACCAUCUUUCAUCAGCUAUAUAUUUCUUAAUCAUACACACAAUGGAAGCACAGCACACAGUACUUCCGAACGACGAGUACAAACACCAAAUAUCAGAAAUAGUCAAGCGAGAUUUUUUUCCUUCCCUCGACCAUCUCAAAUCGCAAAACGAACUAACAACAUUGGGUACCACUCUUCUAAUCCCCCACCGGCCCCCAUGGAAUCAGCGCCAGCCCAGGCACAUUAGCUCGACACGCACAAGUUUCAGAAACUUCUUGAUCAUUCAAACACACAAAACGUUGAAUGUACCUGUUGGACCAUCCAACAGAGAUAAAGGGGUGGUGCGGGCAGAAGAGUAUCGCGCGAGGGGUUGCGGGGACGAGGGGGCGGCAGAGCACCAGGACUGGGGCGACACAGAGUCCAGCGUUGCCGAUGUAGAUACAACACCAGUUGUCAACAGGGAGAAGGAAAAGAGAGGGGAGCAGCGGGCUGGAAAUAAUGGCAAUUAUGGUCGCGCAGGGCUGUUGUCUCCGGCGGCGCGCAGUCUUCUGGCACGUGGCUCCAGCGGUUCGGAUGAUUCAACGCCGUUUCCAUCGUUUCCGUCGUCGGCUGGCAUCAACGCUUUGCGCAGCGCAUACAACUCACCGUAUGCGCAUCGACCGUGAAAGAGUCUGGCGCGUGAAAAAUUAAGAGACAGAGGUGCGUUGAGACUAAAUGCCAUGUGAAAACAUGGAUUUUUAUAGCCUUCAUCGUCAU